AUGGAUACUUACGAUGACCCAAGUAAUCCCUUAUUAUCAAUUAGAAAGGAAUAUAGAGGUAAAUCUCAAAAGCAAUCUAGAUCAGCAUGGAUAAUUUACUCUCUUUCAGCAAGUAUUAUUUUCACCUCAUGUAAUUUAUUCAUGGUUGAGCUGAGUAAAGAAGGUCUUUAUGGCUAUCUAUUUUUCUGCUAUGGAACGCUAUUUGCAAGUAUUGUAUUCUUUGUGCAUAGAAUGCAUAUUGCUAAAAACAGAAGAGGAAAAUUCUUCAAAUGGAGUGAUCUAUAUAUUAUUAAUCCAGAGACAGGUGAAUUGAAAUGGGGAGCUAUUGGAGGAUUAACAAGUUAUUCCAUCAUAUAUCAAGGUGGAAAUAUUCUUACUAUAUUAGCCUUUGAAUACUCAGAAUUGAGUGGAAUUAAUUAAGGCAUAAUCAUUUCUAUCUAUUCAAUGGUACCGAUCUGGUCAGCUGCUAUAGCCUAUAAGGUUUAUCAUGAAAAGUUGUAGUUCAAUCAUUAUGCAGGAAUGACUUUACUUACUAUUUGCAUGGGAUUAAUAAGUUUAAGCAAUGUUUUAGACAAAUCAACUACUACAUUGAUUCCAUCUGAUACGGCAACAUAUUUAGAAUCGCUAAAAUAUCAUCCAGUAACUCCAGUACUUUUAGCAUUGCUUGCAACAUUACUAAUUGCAAUUAACAUGAAUAUUGUCAAGUAUUAUGACAAAAGAGGAUUUCCAGCAGAUGUAUUUGCAUAUUCAUGCUAUGGAGUUACUAAUUUUAUUCAAGCUCUAAUAGCAUUUGUUGUAUUUUACUAUUAUGGAUUUAAUAUGAGUUUCUUUUUCUUUGGAUUUUGUGGCUCUUUCCUUAAUACUGUUGGACUUGUCUGCAUAGCUCUAGCAGUCUCUAGUGGUUUAAGUGGUCCUUCAAGUGCUUUAGUUAAUUUAUAGUGUAUUUUUCAAACACUUUUCUAGUCUUACUAAUGGAAUUAAGUACCAAAUCUAAUGCAAAUAUUCGGUUUGCUUUGUGGAGUUUUGGGAUGUUUAGUCAUAACUAUUCAUGACUAUUUAAUGCAAAUAUUUUGUUGCUGUUUAAAGCCUAAUCAGAUAUUAAACUCAGAAACUACAGAUAGUGAGGAAGAAUAUCAGCCUUAUUACCAAUUAAUGCAGGGAAACGAAUAAAAUCCAACAAACAAGAUUCCAAACUCUAAUUGA